AUGUGCCAGGAAAAUAAUUCUGAAAACCAGUUUGGUAUACAGUUCAUUACACCUCUUGGUGUGGUGGGAUCAACCUACGAAUUAUACGCUGAGGCUUUGAUCACUUUUCAAGGUUCGCUUGGUGGUCCACAGCAAUUAGGAUGCAGCAUUGUGAAAUAUCCAUGUCAAAUGCAAUGGCCUUGUCUUGACUGCUAUAAACUAAAAGAUCCAGGUGGAGUAACAGCAAAGAUAGAUGGGAAUAAUGACAUUCCAACACUUACACCUCUUCCAGAAACUAAAGAUAGAAAACCAGGUGGAAGAAGGAGUUCUGCCAUAAUUGGCAGCGUUAUAGCUGCCUUAGUUGUCGUUGUAAUUGUGGUGACUGUCUAUAUCUGCUUGAUGCGUGUUAAAAGAUUUAUGAGGCAAACAUCUGAGAUUGCUUCUUCUAUGCCAUCUCCCACUGUUGAAAUGGGAAGACUCAACACGCAGCAUGUUACUGCUUUCUCUCCACAAAGCCCAAGGCAGUUAACAAUUUUGGAACUGGAACAAGCUACACGGAAUUUCAGUCAUAAUAAUAUCAUAGGUGAAGGUGGAUUUGGUUUUGUAUACAAGGGCUUGCUUCAAGAUGGUUCUAUUGUGGCUAUAAAAAGGCGUCUAUUUGCUCUCACACAAGAUUUCGUCCUUGAGGUGAAACAGAUAGCUCAUAUUCACCACAUCCAUCUUGUCAAGCUUAUAGGCUAUUAUGAAGAUAGCCAUCAACAAUUACUAGUAUAUGAAUAUCUCCCUAACGGCAAUGUAGGGAGUCACCUAUAUGAUGGUGAAGGUUUACCUAUUGGAAGGCUAGACCUGUGGCGAAGGUUAUCUAUUGCUUUAGGCGCAUCCAAAGGAGUGGAACAUCUUCACAGUUUGGUCCCUCCUUUGAUUCACAAAAACUUUCGAACUAGCAACGUUCUGCUUGAUGAAAAUUAUACUGCCAAGGUUUCUGGUUACGGCUUCUGCAAAUUGCAAACACAAGUUGAUCAGCCAGGCUCGUCUUCAAAUGUAGACUGUUUUCUUGACCCAGAGUUGAGCUUUCCACAAAACUUUUCGGAGAAGAGUGAUGUAUACAGUUUCGGGGUGUUCUUGCUAGAGUUGAUUAGUGGCUGUGAAGCACAUAACCAAAACAUGUUACACCCAGAUGGAAACAUAGUACUUCAGGCAAAAAAUAGUGUUGACUUGGACAAAUUUGUUGACAUAACGCUGGGAGACCAAGAAAAGCAUGGUGCCAGACGAAUAUUGAUGUUGGCAUUGGUAUGUGUGGAUGUGGCUUUUAGAAGACCAUCAAUGGCGCAAAUUGUGCUAGAGCUGGAGCGGAUUCAAAGAGAGAUUGCUCCUAUGUAUUCUCAAUUCAACGAUGAGAUUGGUGCCGUGACUCUUGGGAGUGAGCUCUUCCAGUAA